AUGGCUGCCGAUGAAAAGAAAUUCGUGCCAACCUCAAAGGACCAGCUAUCACAUCGACAAUCCUCGUCCGACCGACAGGAUCAUGACAAAAAGCGACUCGAAGAACUGUUUCGGAAUGCUCACCGCUCCAGUCAUGCUGUCCCAUCAACGUCAAAUGCAAUCGAUGAGCUCUUCAAGAAAGCACGUUUCGUGCCGCCGAAAGAGUUCAACGCGGCGAAAACCGAGCAACAAGUCAACUCGAAAGCACCUAAUAAUCAGGCAAUAUUUCAUGGAGUCAACGUCUUGUUUGAGGUGAAUGCACCUCACAAUCAGCAUACAGCUUGUUGGGAAAAAGAUCGCGUGAAAUCGCAAAGAAAAACUGCCGAAACUGCAAUUUCUGGAAAGCAAAUAACAGUCGAGGAGCUGUUCAAAGUGGCUCGCUAA